GUAAUCUAUAAAAUUCUAGUUUUACGUCGAUAAUCGUAUUGUACAUUUAUAACAUGAUAGACAUUUGUACCAUUCGCCUAAUAAAAAGAAGAAGCCCCUCCCCCGUUCGCUCAGAGAGGAUUUAAAACGUUAGCUAGCUGCGGUUUACGUUAGCUUCUUUGGUUGCCAUCGGCUUUAACGACACAAAUGAGGAUUUUCAGCCGGCUGGUUGUGCUUUAUAUGCUUUAGGUGGUUUAUUAACACACGGAACUUCGAAAGAGCGUUUGUUUUUCGAUCAGAGAACAGACGGCGUCAACCAGAGGAAAUCUGACUCCGGACUCUGAGAGAAGUGGGCUGGGCUCUGAGCUGUGGCCCCCUGUUAGAGCAAACUAAAAUCACUGUGGCGAAAACUAGAAGUCAGUUCUUCCCGUGCCAGCUGCAACAUGGACGCCUUCAAGCUGAUGAAGGAGCUGCGGGUGAAUCAUGAGCAUGAGGUUUAUUAUCUCCCUAAAGAGACGGGACUGAUGCUCAUAGAAUCCACAACACGGGACGAUAAUCGGAUCUCAGCCAAGUGCAGAAAUGCCAAAGUGGAGGACCUGUGGAGUCUGACCAGCUUCUUCGGUUACAGCACACAGACCUUCGUCCUGGCUGUUAACCUGCUGGACAGAUUCCUGGCCAUGAUGAGGAUCCAGCCAAAGCACCUGUCCUGUGUCAGCCUCAGCUGCCUCCACAUGGCGGCCAAAGUAACAGAGGAGGAGUGUAACCUGACGCCCACCGACGAGCUCAUCCGCAUAGGACAGUGCAGGUUCACUGUGGCCGACCUGGGCAGGAUGGAGAAGAUUGUCGCAGAGAAGCUCAACUUUAACUCUAAAGCCAUCACUGCCUUAACCUUUCUGCACUUGUACCACCAGAUUUUACUUUCCCAUUCCACAGACAGGAAGGAGACUCUUAACCUGGAGAAACUGGAGGCUCAGCUCAAGGCCUGUCUGUGCCGGAUCUCCUUCUCCAAAGCAAAGCCGUCCAUCCUAGCCUUGUCUCUCCUGAGGCAAGAGAUCGAAGCCAUUCAGUCGGAGGACAUGUUGGAAAUCGCGUGUCACAUCCAGAGACACCUAAAGAUUGCAGAUGGUGAGCUGCUGCUGUGGAGGGAACGUGUGGCUCAGUGUCUGUCAGACUAUGCCUCUCCUGAAUGCAGCAAACCCAACCACAGGAAGCUGCAGUGGAUAGUGUCGCGGAGGACUGCCCAGAACCUGCACAGCUAUCGCAUUGUCCCUGAGCUACCCACCAUCCCCGAGGGCUGCUGGGAUGAGAGCGAAAGUGAGGAUUCCUGUGAGGAUGUGAUGAGUUCAGGUGAGGAGUCCCUCAGCAGUUCUCUGGGCAGCGAUGCUGAAGGGCCCUUCUUCCCUCUGCACAUCCGCCGCCAAAAACACUGCCAGCACCUUCUCACCUGAAACUUCAGCCGACUGGUGCCCACCCCCCACCAAAUCCCCCUCCACUUUACCUGAUGACUUUUAAUUUAUUAAGAAGCUUGGUGCUGGUAGAAAAUUGCACAACAACUGGCAGCUGAGCAGUCAAGACUCUUCCCAGCAGACUUUUUAGGAGAUGUGUUGGUGCAUGUUGAGAUAUCACAUUCCAGGAUGCAGGAUUUUAAAGCUAUGUUUGGCAGGUGCACUGGUCAACUCAGUGCAGCAGCUGCUCUUUAAGGUGCUAUGCUGGCAGACGCUGCACCCAGAUCAAAAUAUUCUCAGUGCUUGAUAUAGACCAGACUAGCAGUAGUUCACAUUGACAAGAUAAUCUGCCAAAAUAGUUUUUUUUUUUUUUUAACUGUUAUUAAUCUAAGACUGUUUAUUAAUGAUCAGCAGUCUAUCAAGGUACAGAACGAAGUUUUAAGCCGUCAACUUUGUCGUAUUACCGGCUUGGGAACUAUACUGGAGCAUCUGCUGUCAUUUUUUCUGACCACACUGUAGUCUCCAGAUGUGAUUGAGAACUAUUCAGCUGCUCUGAUCCUCUGUAGUAAAGUUUAAUUUGCACAGUUUCCUUUUUGUCACAUUUCAAAUGUUAAAUUGUGGAACUGGAGGUUGGAGUUUAUGUCUGAAGGGAAACUGAUGUGUUAGCAGCGUUUUUCUUCGAGGCAUCACCAAGUUUCCCACAGGGUGUUCAGAUGAAACCAUUUAACAUGUGUGUUUGUGGAUGUGUUUAUCUAAGGUCUGGUUUAAAUUUGAAGUUGCCAAUUUUAGGAUGUAUGUUAAGUCUUUUGGUGUUUUGAAACUGUUGUAUGACGGUGUCAAAAAA